UGUUCCCUAAAUUCAGCCCGAGUCCAGACCCUGUAAGCCAAUCUUGUGAUUACACUCAAAAUCAGAAAACCUAUGAAUUCUCAGUCAAUUUAAGUUUCUUGCUAUCCAAACAGAAGACUUUUCCGAUUCACUUCUUAUUAUAAACUCAAAAGUCUAUUUGUUAAUUUAUUAAUGUCAUUAUCAUCCAUACAACAAUGAUUCUCUCAAGAAUUGCUCGCUCUUCUCGUUCCACCUUCCAAAGAAAUGUGAUUGCAAGUAAGGGAAGUGGCCGUAUUCUUCCAACAAAGGAAUCAAUUUUGCCGCCGACAAUACUAGAGAACGCGUGUAACUCACGCGUUCAUGGAGGACUAGGGAUUGUAAGAGAUUAUUAUUCAAGUUGUGGUGGUGUAAUUAGAGGUUAUUUAACUUGUUCUGGAGGUGGUGGUGCUGGUAAGCAGCUGCUGUUAUCGAAAACGAACUUUUCUAAUUCCAAUUCUAUCCUUGCAAACCCUAGAGUUCGUUUAUUCUUCUCUACUCAAGCUCCGAAGAAGAGAAGUUACGAGAAUUACCAUCCCAAAGGCAAAAAGGAAAUUCCAAAAGAAAAUGAGGGAAACUCUGCAAAUAGAGAGGAUUCAGGUGGCGGUGCUGGUGCUGGUGGUGGAAAUCCCCAGAACUUCAUGAAGCCGUUUCAAAAUUUUAUUGCUCCUUUAUUAUUUAUUGCCUUUUUGUCUUCAUCAGUUCUCUUUGGUGCUCAGGAGCCGAACCAGAUUAGCUUCCAAGAGUUCAAAACCAAGCUACUUGAACCUGGCCUGGUGGAUCGUAUUGUUGUUUCAAAUAAAUCAGUUGCAAAGGUGUACGUAAGGAGCUUACCAAAGAAUGUAAAUCAAACUGGUGAUGAUAUUGUUGUUCAGGUCCCUGCCAGUGGUAGUCCUGACAGAAGGAGUCCCAGGCAAUACCACUUUACCAUUGGAAGUGUUGAAUCUUUUGAGGAGAAGCUGGAGGAGGCACAGCAAGCACUUGGAGUAGAUCCCCAUGAUUAUGUCCCUGUAACUUAUAUGAAUGAAGUGAACUGGUCUCAAGAAUUGAUGAGGUUUGCUCCAACUGCUUUACUUCUAGGAACCCUUUGGUUCAUGGGGCGAAGAAUGCAGAGUGGCCUUGGAGUUGGUGGUUCUGGUGGACGAGGAGGCCGUGGAAUAUUUAACAUGGGAAAGGCGCACGUCACAAAAUUAGAUAAGAACGCUAAAGAUAAGAUAUUCUUUAAAGAUGUUGCUGGCUGUGAUGAAGCAAAACAAGAAAUUAUGGAGUUUGUGCACUUCCUCAAGAAUCCAAAGAAAUACGAGGAAUUGGGAGCAAAAAUUCCAAAAGGUGCCCUUCUGGUAGGACCUCCUGGCACAGGGAAGACACUUCUUGCAAAGGCAACUGCUGGUGAAUCUGGUGUGCCCUUCCUAUCAAUAUCUGGGUCAGAUUUCAUGGAAAUGUUUGUUGGAGUCGGGCCAUCCAGGGUGAGAAGCUUAUUUCAGGAAGCAAGACAAUGUGCACCUAGUAUUGUGUUCAUUGAUGAAAUAGAUGCCAUUGGUCGAGCAAGGGGGCGUGGAGGAUUUUCGGGUGGCAAUGAUGAGCGUGAAAGCACCCUUAACCAGUUGCUUGUAGAAAUGGAUGGAUUUGGGACCACCUCUGGAGUAGUUGUACUUGCUGGCACAAAUAGGCCUGAUAUCUUAGACAAAGCUCUAUUGCGACCUGGUCGGUUUGAUCGUCAAAUUACAAUUGACAAACCUGACAUCAAAGGCCGUGACCAGAUUUUCCAGAUAUAUCUUAAAAAGCUAAAACUUGAUAAUGAUCCUCCUUAUUACUCUCAGCGACUUGCUGCUUUGACUCCUGGAUUUGCUGGAGCUGACAUUGCAAAUGUUUGCAAUGAGGCUGCUUUAAUUGCUGCAAGGAAUGAGAGUGCGCAAGUGACAAUGCAACACUUUGAAUCAGCAAUCGACAGGGUAAUUGGUGGCUUGGAAAAGAAGAAUAAGGUGAUUAGCAAGCUUGAAAGGCGGACUGUCGCUUACCAUGAAUCUGGUCAUGCUGUUACUGGUUGGUUUUUGGAACAUGCAGAACCCUUACUUAAGGUAACAAUUGUUCCACGUGGUACUGCAGCUCUGGGGUUUGCUCAGUAUGUUCCCAAUGAGAAUCUUUUGAUGACCAAAGAGCAACUUUUUGAUGUGACUUGCAUGACACUUGGUGGUCGAGCUGCUGAGCAGGUUUUGCUGGGUAAGAUUUCAACUGGAGCCCAGAAUGACUUGGAGAAAGUAACAAAGAUGACUUAUGCUCAGGUAGCAGUUUAUGGUUUCAGUGACAAGGUCGGUCUUCUUUCCUUUCCCCAAAGGGAUGAUACCUUUGAGAUGAGCAAGCCCUAUAGUAGCAAGACGGGUGCAAUUAUAGACAGUGAAGUAAGAGAAUGGGUGGGAAAGGCGUAUCAGCGCACCCUUCAGUUGGUGGAGGAACACAAAGAGCAUAUUGCUGAAAUUGCAGAGCUGCUGCUCGAGAAGGAAGUGCUUCAUCAAGAAGACUUAAUUCGGGUUUUGGGUGAGCGUCCAUUCAAGUCAAGUGAGCCCACAAAUUACGAUAGGUUUAAGGAAGGAUUUCAAGAAGACGACAAGGAGUCUAAAGAAACAACAAAGGGUGGGACCUUGGACGAUGAUGGGUCAACAACCUUGGAACCACAGGUUGCUCCAGCUUAGCAGUUAAAAGAAGUUUUUGCUUGUGUAAAUGGGAUUUUUCAACAAAUCAUUUUGUAAGUUCUACUUUACAUGAACUAAGGGCCAUUGUACAAUUCAAGAAAUGUGCAAAUAAUGCUAUUAUCUUCGAUAAAAUUUCUCCUUUA